AUUUUCCUUCUUCUUCUUCUUCGAUUCGAUUUGAAGCUGUGGUGAUAUUAUAAAUUCAGAGAAAUCUGAGGGAAUUAUCAGUUAAUCAACUAAUUAGAUCGGUGUAAAUUGCAAUGGCUGGAAUUGUUGAGACGCAGACGACUGCUUCUCCUUUUGAGGGGAAUUCUAAAUCGAGGGGGAGGAUGGAGAUCCGUCGCAUAAAUUUCGAUCUAUCCGAUUCGGCGAUGGCGCGGCCGCCGCUGGGGAAGCGGCGGCGCGAUGCGGCGGUUCGGAGCUCCGAUCUCGAGGUGAAGCGAUCGAGGAGGACGGAGUGUCCGAGAUACGGCGUGACGUCGGUGUGCGGGAGGAGGAGAGAUAUGGAGGACUCGGUGGCGAUUCGCCCUUCCUUCUGCGGCGAGGACGGUGAUGGUGAUGUUCGCGGCGGCGAUUUGCACUUUUUUGGCGUUUUCGACGGCCACGGCUGCUCGCACGUGAGCAGGAGGUGCAAGGAGCGGAUGCACGAGAUCGUGAGGGGCGAGUACGAGAACGGCGACGCGCCGUGGGAGGAUGCGAUGGCGCGGAGCUUCAGGAAGAUGGACGAUGACGUGGCGGAGUGGUCGAGCGGCCUCGCCUCCACCUCCGACGACUCCAACUGCCGCUGCGAGAUGCGCACUCCGCAGCGCGAUUCCGUCGGAUCCACCGCCGUCGUGGCGGUGCUCUCCCCCGAGAAGAUCGUCGUCUCCAAUUGCGGCGAUUCUCGCGCCGUUCUCUGCCGGAACGGCGUCGCGAUUCCCCUCUCCGUCGAUCACAAGCCGGAUAGACCGGAUGAGCUCCGCCGCAUCGAGGAAGCCGGCGGCCGCGUGAUCUACUGGGACGGUCCUCGAGUUCUCGGCGUCUUAGCGAUGUCUCGCGCCAUAGGUGACAGUUAUCUGAAGCCGUACGUGAUACCGGAGCCGGAGGUGACGGUUACGGAUCGGACGGGGGAGGACGAGUGCCUGAUCCUGGCCAGCGACGGGCUGUGGGACGUUGUCUCGGACCAGACCGCUUGCGGUGUGGCUCGGAUGUGCCUACAGUCUCGGAAAGGGGAGAGCUCGAAUCAGGCUUGCUCCGAUGCAUCGAUUUUGCUGACGAGGCUGGCGCUUGCGCGCCACUCCGCCGAUAAUGUUAGUGUGGUGGUGGUGGAUUUAAGGAAGACUACGCAAUGAGUCUGUUAUAUUAUACACAUAAUUUAAUUUAAUUUACUUAUAUGAUUAUAAUUAGGUCGACUAAUCUAUAUAUUUGGGUGUAGCUAUUGUUUUUAAUCCCACCCUGAUUAACUCAUCAAUUGUAACAUUUCAUUACAUAUACUGGAAUGGACUCAAAAAUGAGUUUGCUCUUUUAA